AUGAAAGAAAAAGAGAUGCAACCAGGGUGUUUUAAUGAAAUCUUCAAGAAAUUGGGGAUAAAAAUUCUUGUGACUGAGUCAUUGCAACAAAUCCCUGAAUAUGCCAAGUUUUUGAAGAAACUCCUCAAAAGAAAGAAAUAUCUAGAGGAGGACACAAUUGAGGUACAUGGGGAUUGCAGUGUGAUCUUACAGAAGGCACUCCCUCCUAAGGUUAAAGAUCCAGGAAGUUUCAUUAUUCCUUGCACUUUUAGGAGCCACAAAAGAGGGAAAACCCUAAUCAAUUUAGGGUCGAGUAUCAAUUUGAUGCUCUUAACUGUUCUUGAAAAUAUUGGUGGUCUUGAAGUCAAGCUGGCAAGGAUAUCUCUUUUUAUGGCAGAUGGAUCCACCAAAAGGCCCUAUGGUAUGGUGGAAGAUGUGAUGGUUCAAACUAAUAACCUAAGAUUCCUGGUGGACUUUGGUGUGCUGGAGAUGGAGGAAAAUUUGGAGAUCCCUAUUAUUCUUGGAAGCCCAUUCAUGAAGACGGCCAAGGUGAUGAUUAAUGUUGAUGAUGGAACAAUAGCACUUAAAGACCAAGAAGAAGAAGUUAUUUUCAAUGUCUUCAAUGUUGAGCAACAGAUCCAAGUGAAGAAGAAUAGUCGCAAAGAUGCAUGUAAAGAUGCACCAGGGACUAGUACAAAAGCUUCAAAGCCAAGCAAGAAAGAGAAUGAGGUAAUACUGAAAGCAGAGAUGAAGAGCCAAGGAGAUGGAGCUCAAAAAGGCCUGGAAAAGCACUAG